CAGCCGUCUCGACAAUAUGAUACAGUGCUAUGUAAACCUCCUAACUCUUGUGAUCGUGUUAUCCUCGGCUGUUACUUUUAUUGAGGCGGCACGGAAUACGACUUGUUCGGAUCAGUUCAACGAUCUGGCGUUUGCGGAUCCCCUCAGCUGCUCCAGUUUCUACGUCUGCCUGCGGGGCAAGGCCAUCCGACGAGAAUGCUCCAACGGACUCUACUUCGAUCAGAAAAUCCAGUCCUGCAAUCUGCCUGGCUUGACCAAGUGUUUCAACGGCGACCGAUCCGGAGGUUCACUGAAGGGAAAUACUGCGAACCAGACAGCCGCGAGCAACGAUGAAGAAUCGAAUUCUAGGGAUGUGGAAAAGGCAAAGGAUGAGGUUAAUGAAGUGACAACUUGUAGUACGACUAUCUGCGUGACAACGCCGGGCAACAAAGUCAAAGAUGCAGUUGCCAAGCUAAGGCGAAGGAUUCAACAACUCGGAUCGAAUUCAACGAACUCCUCGUCGCCCAACGAUCCGUCGACAGUCAUCAUAAGGGAGAUCAUAUUUGUCACAGAAGAACCUCCCCAAGGACUAUCAAUUUUUAAAUCCACAAGGGACUGCCGUGAUCUAACCGAUGGAGUCUACUUGGUGGACCCAAAUCAUUGCCGACGAUAUUAUAUUUGCACGAAAAACCGGGCCAAGCGCCACAAGUGUCCCAAGAAGCAGUGGUUCGAUCGGGAAAGCAGAGCCUGCAGAGAUCAAGAUCAGGUCUUGAAUUGCCCUUCCGGGCGGAAUUAGAUGAAUUUGCAGCUAGGACCGAGUGGAUUACAAAAAUAUAGUGCAUUUAAAUAUUAAAAACUCAGUUGUUCGUCACUACAAUUCAAUCAAAACUUGUUACAAAAAUGUUGAAUAAUUUUGGCUGAUUAAAAAAUAAAUCUCACUUCGGCUCGCCGGAGCUUUAAGGCCAUUAAUAAUAAAUUUGUCCGCUUUUGUUUAAAUUAAAUUUCCUAUGCUGAAAUCUCAAAAAACUACUAUAUUUUGGAUACUAUGGAUUUAAAGCCAUUUAAAAUUUAUUUGUCCGCUUUUGUUUGAAUUAAAGUUCCUAUGCUGAAAUCUCAAAAA